UGAUCCCUCCGGCUCUGCAAUAAUCGUGUGCUCAUGGCGGGGCCAUGUCCGGCUCCAGGCGCCUGGCGCAAGAAAUCGCGGCAGCGCCCAGCAGUUCUGCGGCCCUCGCAAUUCUGCGCCGGGCCAAGAAGAUCAACCAGAUCCAUGUUACGGCAUGUCUACACCGGGUUGCUCUCAAACCUGUGGAUUCCAGACAACUGGAGGUGCUCCUGGAGCAGUUGCAGGUGGAGCAGCUGGAUGCCGAGGCGCUGGCGAUCAACGCCUGGUCUCUGGCAAAGCUGUGGCAGGCCGCUGGCAAGACAGGCGCCGAGCUUCGGCAGAGCCUGUGGUACAGCGCAGCACAGCGCAGGUCUGAAAUUUCAGCGCGGCACCUCUCGAAUCUGCUGUGGUCUGUUGCAACCAGCCGGGACGGAACAACGGAGACAGUCCUAGCCUUCAGCGACAUGCUGAUGUCGCGCCUGGUCGAUCUUUCUCCGCAAGGCUUGGCCAACUGCUUCUGGGCGCUGAGCAAGCUGAAAGCCGAGCGCGGAUCUAUCGCUUUGGACGCUCUCGCUUUGCAGGGCGAGCUGCGGAUCUCCGAGUUGCAACCGCAAGAUCUUGCCAGCAUGCUUUGGUCCGCCAGUGCCUUUGCUGUUCGCUUCGGGCGCCUUGCCGGUCUGCUGGCGCCCGCUGCAGCAGCAGCGCGGGCGCAGCUUUCGGGCAGGCAGCUGACGAAUGCAGCCUGGGCAGCAGCGACCAUUUUGCCUGACUCGGGAGAUGCUGUGGCGGUGCUCGUGGCAGAGGCGCUGACGCGGCAGCUGAACGUCCGAGACCUGCCGAACCUGUGCUGGGCACAAGCCAACGUGGCUGCGGCCGCUCCGCCUGGUCUGGCAGAAGCAGUGCACCACCGCCUUCCAGAGCUCCAUGCCAAGCUGCCGGACCUGCUUUGGGCUUUGGCGGUCUGUGGCGCCAAUGCCGCACCCUUGCUGCUGGAGGUCGCAGGCACGGGGCCAAGCGCCGCCAGAGCAGCGCAGCUGCUUUGGUGUCAAGCUACGCUGCGGCAGCCCGGGGGCUGCGAGCUCCUGAGUUUGGCGGAGCAGCAUGCCUGCGAGCUGGAAGCGUUGGAUUUGUCCCGCUGUGCCUGGGCAGCUGCCACAUUGGGACAGGCCGAGCAUCGCUUCUCCGCCGCGCAAGGCUUGGCCAGUGCUGUGGCGGAGGUGGAGGUUUCGGCGCCGGCCACGGUGGUGCAGGUCUCCUGGUCCUUGGCAAAGCUGCAGCUCUUCGUGCCGGCGGCAAUGCAGCGACUCUCUCGUUGCAGCGGCUUGCAGCCGCAGGACUUGGCUUUGUGUCUUUGGGCCUUUGCCUUCUGGCACUUCGCAGGCGAUGGCCAAAAUCGUCUCCUGGCAGAAGCGCAGCGCUGCGUUGGGGAGUUCGCGCCGCAGGACCUGGCCAACGUGGCCUGGGCCUUGGCAUCGCUUCUCAGCACACCUGAACCGCUGCUGGCGGCGCUUGCCAGUGAGGCUCAGAGAAAGCUGCCUGAGCUGGAGCCACAGCAUCUUUGCAACCUUCUUUGGGCAUUUGCCGUGAUCGGUUGGGACUCGAGUAUCCUUCGAAGCCUCUCUGUAAGCAUGCUGCCCAGGACACGCGAGCUGGAGCACAUGGGCCUCUCCGCUAGCUGCUGGGCGUUGGCUCUUGCAACGAAAAGUGCCGGGGUUGGAGCCGCUACGGACACUUGGCAGGUGAUGCAGGCCAUGAUGCUGGCGCCGCAGCUUGCACCAGGAAGCAGUGCACCUUUGCACAGCCCGGUGGCUGUUCGGCCAGGUGGCAGAAGGACGAUCGGACUGCGUCCAGUUUUUGGAGGCCUCCUGAGCUGCGCAGUGGUGAGGCAGCUGCAGGUCUUCCGGCAAGUCCGGAGAAGCAGAGGUGGACCUUCCGGUCCUUUGCUGCGAGAACAGCGGCGUGCCAAGAAGGCAGCCCGGGAACAACGCCUGGAGCAGUUUCGAUCGCCCUACAUCGAGAACAGCAACGAGCCACCGCCAGUCACCGCGCGGGGCUCGCCCAAGACGGGCGCCUGGGAGGCUGGGCAGCCGGACGCGGAGGAGCAGCGCCAGGGGCAGUUCACGUCGCCGUGGACGGGCCGCGUCUACGACCGCUGGGCCCCGGAGAACGGGCGGCAGUUCAAGAUCGACCGGCAGGGCGGCCUGGCGCGCUCCCGCGCCUUCCAGACCCCCACGCAGAGGCAGAUUGCCACAGCUGUAGAGGAGCGAAUGUCGGAUACGACGCCGGAGUGGGCAAAGUACUACCCAGGCUUGGCGCCGCUCGACAAGCUGCCGCCCAACCAGCGCCGUGUGGGUGCACAGGUGAAGACCUUUGAAAGGCAUGCCUACCGGGCAGGAAAUUUUGGUGACAUUUUCAAGCAACUGCUGGUGCAUACGAUUGUGGAGCUGAAGGUCAAGAAAAAGGAAUCGCCGCUGUGGUAUGUGGAGCCUUGUGGUGGCGAGGGCGAGUACCACGUGCAGCGCAUGCGCUCAGAACUGGAUGAGCGGCCUCCCAUGAAGUGGCCGACUGCUGAGGACCUCUAUUCUGCGUUGGAGAAGGAAGACCUCACUUACAUGCCUCCGGAGGUGAAGGGUUGGAUGGAGGCAAUGAACAUGCUGAACUUCCCGGAUGUGGACUUCGAAUAUGCUGGUGACGGAGCCUCCCGGGACCCUUUAGAGCACGGCGUGCAGUGGUUGCCCAGCACUUCGCUUAUGGCCUUGCGGCUGCUCCGUGAGCAAGAUCCAGUGACAAUCUGGGAGGACAGUCGCACCGCUUUUGGGCCACUCUUCAACUUCGUGCGCAACUGGAGCUCCAAGUUCGCACCGCACAUUGAGUUGAUCUUCAAAGACGGGCUGAAGCACGCACAUAGAAGAUGGGUGCAGAGGAAGCCUGGAUCUAUCUCAGAAGUGUACGGCAAGUACAACGGCCAGCGAGGGGUUGUCUUCAUUGACCCGGAUUAUACGCGUGGUGGGGAAGCAGAGCGCUGCGAGAAGUUGGUGCUGGACCUGUGGAAGCACUGGCGCUCGGCCACCGUGGUGGUGACCUACCCCAUAGGUCCCAAGUAUGAAAAGAAAGCAAGAGACUUCAACAUGGCGUUGCGCAAGGCCGACAAGACCCUGGACCUCAUCACCAUCGAAGCCUACGUGGAGAACAAGGAUUGGCACUCGGGCUCCGAGGAAGACAAGUGGCGAGGCUAUGGCAUGCUCAUCUCCCAGGCACCUCACACCACUGCUCAGCGGGCACAGGCUGCCCUGAAG